GUUCACUACCUCAUUAGAAAGUGAAUAUUGGUUUCCUACUGUAAUGGCAGCCAUGAACUCUAGUGUUUUGGCAUGCAACUAUGCCAUCUCGGGUGCUGGAUCAUCUGAGCUCAAUGCAAAACUUGCUUCCACACCUUCUGUUGCAUACCCAGUUGUGCAUGGUCACAAGUUGCCUGUGAUCAGGGCUCAACAGGCUAAAGUUUCUGAAUCAAAAGAAUCAAGGGGGAGUGAAGGAAGAAGGGCUGCACUGCUUUGCUUGACAGCCACCCUUUUCACAGCUGCUGCCUCCAAUUCAUUUUCCAAUGCUGGGGUCAUUGAAGAUUACCUUGAGAAGAGCAAAGCUAACAAGGAGCUAAAUGACAAGAAGAGGCUGGCCACAAGUGGUGCUAAUUUUGCACGAGCUUAUACAGUUCAAUUUGGCUCAUGUAAAUUCCCUGAGAACUUCACUGGCUGCCAAGAUCUUGCCAAACAAAAGAAAGUGCCAUUUCUCUCUGAAGAUUUGGAGUUGGAAUGUGAAGGAAAGGACAAAUACAAGUGUGGUUCCAAUGUUUUCUGGAAAUGGUGAAGAGGGUAGUCCUUUCUUUUUUCAAUACCAUGUACUUUCUCCAAACAUGUACCUAAAUUUCUGUUGAAUAACUCUUCAUCCCAUGUUUUGCAAUCUUUCUGAAUUCAGAUUUCUCUCUUUUCAAAUACCCAAUAUUUGUUUAAUCGAAUGGACAGAGAAAUCUAAAUUCGGUUU